AGAGAAGGGCUGUCUCAUGUCGUGCAAGAGCUGUGCAACUUUUUGGCUAUAUUUGUGAAGCUUGGUGUGCACAGCAGACAUGCUCUGAGAAAAGGAUGGUUGUGUGGUACGUAACCUAACUGCGCAGGAUGGUUGGCAGACACCUCUCCUCAGAGCUGCCCUCACAGAGUGGGCCUGGAGCGCAGUAUGAUAAUCCCCUCUGGGGCCCACUGCCAAACAACAGGAGUGCCACAAGUGUUGCAACUUUAAACAAUCUCACUUGCUGGGAUCAACUGAUCAUUGACCAGGAGGACACUGAGGCUUGGCCUUCUACAUCCUAUAGACAGAGGCAGGCCACUCCCGAAGGAUGCCCUGUGGACACUGACUUUGGUCACUGGACCAGUAAAACCAGUAGUAUUUGUAGUACAACAAGUAUGGCCACAGGGGCUAACAGCCAAACUGGCCACUUCUCUGCCAACCACCUGAGCAGCAAGACCAAUAGUGGGCCCAGCCCUGGAACCAGCAUGCUUUCUAGCCAGGUGACAGCCAAUCGCAGUUGGGGGUCUGGACCGCCCCACUGCCCCCCUCAGUCUUCAGUGGGGACCGAGGGAAAGGGUGACAGCCCAGUUACUGGGAGCAGCCGGGGUUGGGGCUCAUCCUCAUCUUCCACCACUAACUUUAACUUGAACUUAAACCCUAAUGCCAACCCAUCAGCCUGGCCCAUGUUGGGACAUGAUGCGGCUGGCAACGGGGCAGGCAGCUCAGGGGGAGCCAGCUCAGUGUCUCCCCCUCCAUCUACCCAGACCAGCACCUGCACUGGAGCCAACACUAACAGUAACCCUACAGGGGGCAGCAGCGCCUGGGGUGGCAUCAUGGCCUCUGACAGCUUAGAGCCAAAAACCACUCCCUCCACGAAUGUGUCUUUCAGUUCAGAACCUCAGAACCUUAAAACUGAUGGACCAAAUUUUUCAAAGCAGGAACCCCCAAGCCCCAUUCACAGUCUGUCUGGUUGGGGUAAUACACCUGCUGGCUGUCACCAAGAAGGCCCACAGGUUAAUGGGGAAGAUGCCAGCUCAACAUGGGUCAAAAGUGGGGAUUCAAAUGCACCUUCAUCUAAAGAUGGCUGGGACUCGGGGUGGAGCCGUGGAGGUAGUGGAGCAGGUACCUCUGGAGGCUGGGCAGAACCACCCAGGGGGGAUUGGGGAAAGCCAAAAAGUGAGGAUGCCCAAGGAGGCUGGGAUGCUCCCACUUCUCCUCCCCAGGAUCAGCAGACCAAUCCCUGGAGUCGAGCUGUGAGCACUGCUGGUGCCAGUGAGGGGAGCAGUGACAGCAUGGAUGGGCAUCCCCGACGCAGAGACCGUUCAUCCAGAGAUAAUCCAGCUCCUCUCAUUCCCUCCCAGGACUUGGAUCCUCGUGUCCUGUGUAAUACUGGCUGGGGUCAGACCCCGGUCCGCCAACACACCACUUGGGACAUGGAGGACAAUAAACGGAAAAAUGUAGGUCCCGAUUCAUGGGGCUCAGGGCCGGCUGUUUCAAAUGACACACAGGGGCACCCCACUAACAUAGCCCCAUCCCACAGGACUGACUCUGUCAGUAAACAUGAUGGGCAUGCUCCUCCAGUGGCUUCAGGCUGGAAUGGAAGUGCCCCUGCUCCAAACCAGAGCACGUCUGGCUGGGGAGACGGACCCAACAACAACAAACCACCUGCUGGGCCAAGUGGUUGGGGCAGCCCCACACCAGGAGGCCAAAACACUAAUAUGCCCCAAAAAGGAACUCAGUCCUGGGUAGAGGAGAAAUCUACUGGUUGGGAGUCUCAUGCCAAAACUGCAUCACAAGGUUGGGGUGAUCAACCCAAACCAUCUCAUGGCUGGGGCAAUAGUGGUGGGAGCAGUAAUACAGGAGAAUGGGGAGAAUCUAGUGAGAGCAAAAAGAGUCCGACAAAUGCUGCCUGGGAUGGAGAGCCAGGAGGCUGGAAAGAAAGUCCACGAAGCUGGAGUUCAUCAACUUCCGGUCCUGGAAACUCUGAAACUGGAAGAAACGCAGGCUGGGGAGAACCUGCCUGUCCGCGCCCCAGUGGACCACCUCAAGGAUGGGGAGGCAAAUCUAAUGAGGGUCCUGGUGGUGGUGGAGCUAUGGGUUCCUGGGGAGGAACAGGCCCAGUCAAGCAGUCUGUUGGCUGGUCUGGUGGAAAGCAGGAGCGCACUGAGCCCACAGGUUGGGAGGAGCCUUCUCCUCCUUCAAUCAGACGUAAAAUGGAGAUUGAUGAUGGGACCUCUGCUUGGGGUGAUCCUGGUGCUCACAACAAAAGUGUCAACCUGUGGGACCGGAACAAUCCAGGAGUAUCCCAGAAUAAAACUAAUGCUGUCGUAAAUAAUACACCGGGGUCCAACACCAACCACUCACAGCCUCACAGUCAGCCCUAUCAUGGCCCCCCUUUACAGAGCCACAGUCAAAACCCUCCAAACCCAGGCCUCACUGGUGGCCCUAUGGACCCUGCUGCUCCACAACCCCCUGUACUACCUCACAACAGAGGCCCUCCCAUAGCUCAAGGUUGGGGAGACAUGCCUAGUUCCCACCCAAAAUCAGAGAGCUCUUGGGGAGAACAUGCACCUUCUCCAGUCAGUGUGGACAAUGGGACCUCAGCUUGGGGCAAACCAACCUGUGGUGGUUGGGGAGACAACAGCCCAGAGUAUGGCAGGGGCAAUUCAAAUAUGACAUCUGCAUCUUGCAAAACUGCUCCAAAACCUAUGCAAGACAGUUGGGGAGGCGGAGGAGAAGAGCUGGGCCUGUCUGGAGGUCAAUGGGACACUGACGAUGGCGAUAUGUGGAAUAGUGCUGCUUCUCAGGAGAGUAAUUCUUCAUGCAACUCUUGGGGCAAUGCAUCCAAAAAGGCCCCCCCAAAAGUUAAAGUACCAGGUAAGCAAGAAGAUGCCUGGAUAAUGAAUCGUCUAAUCAAACAGCUGACGGACAUGGGCUUUCCAAGAGAUCCAGCAGAGGAGGCACUGAAGAGCAACAACAUGAACCUGGACCAGGCCAUGAGUGCCCUGCUGGAGAAGAAGACUGAGCUGGAUAAGCGGGGAAUGGGCAUAGGCCAUGACUAUAACAAUGGGCUCAUCAAUAAACCCAUGAACUGUCCUCGGCCUCAGCUUCUGUCCAAAGACCCUGUGACAGACCCCCGCUUGCCUUUCAUGGAUAAGAUGCAGAGUGGAAUGUUUGGUGGUGGCAGUGCACAAGGCCGUGCCAUGCAGCCCCCUCCCCAGCCUCCUGUGCCACCGCUCAGCUCCUCUCAGCCCAAUCUACGUGCUCAAGUGCCUCCCUUUCUGUCCCCUCAGGUUCAAGCACAGCUCUUACAGUUUGCAGCAAAAAACAUUGGUCUGAAUCCUGCACUUUUAACCUCACCUAUAAACCCUCAACAUAUGACCCUCCUGAAUCAACUGUACCAGCUGCAACUGGCAUACCAGCGUUUACAAAUUCAGCAACAGAUGUUACAAGCCCAACGCAAUGUUUCUGGCCCCAUUCGACAGCAAGAGCAGCAAGUUGCCCGUACAAUCAAUAACAUGCAGCAACAGAUCCAACAGCACCAGCGUCAGCUGGCACAGGCCCUGUUAAUGAAGCAGCAGCAGCAGCCACCUCCAGCCCACUCUGGCAUGCAUCCUGGAGGGAACAAAUCCGGCCUGGACUCUUUCCCAGGUCACCCCCAGGCUCCUGGUCUCUCUGACCUGCAGACCAAAGACCCACAGUCAUCGGCUAAUACCUACAGUCCCUACUCUCUUUCUGGACUGAAUUCAAAUAUGAAUGUAAACUGCUUAGAAGUGGGAGGCCUGUCUUUGAAGGAAUCUCCCCAACCUCAAUCACGCCUUUCACAGUGGACACAUGCCAACUCUAUUGAAAGUAUCUCUGAAACAUCCUCCCCUUUAGAGCCCAGCCUGGGAAAGCAUGGUGCCAAUCUGGGUCCCCCUGGAAAGUCUCCACAGUUGGAGGAUUCCUUCAGCCCCUACAAUCUCAUGUCAAACUCAGACUCUCCCACAAGCCCUCUGGUUCCUCCUGACAACUGGGGGCCGCCUAAAGGUAGCAGUGAUAAGAUGGCCAAUGGGACCAAUAUUAACUGGCCACCAGAAUUCUGCCCUGGAGUACCUUGGAAAGGUCUCCAAAACAUUGACCCUGAGACAGACCCAAAUGUGACUCCUGGCAGUGUUCCCAGUGGGCCCACCAUCAACACCAACAUCCAGGACGUUAACCGCUACCUGCUGCGGGACCGAAGUGGAGGCUCUUCUCCCAAUUCAUCUCAGGCUCUACCUUCCUCCACUGAUUGGCCAGUCAAUGCUUGCACUAGCUCGUUCAGUCUGUCGCCCCCGGAGGCGGACGAUGCAGGUAAAUUGUCAGAAAUUAAAUCAACUUGGUCACCUGGCCCCAUACCUCACAGCCAGGCAUCUCUGUCCCAUGAGCUGUGGAAGGUCCCACAAGGACCCAGAAGCAGCAGUGCAGCACCGAGCCGCCCUCCUCCCGGUCUUACAAACAACAAACCCUCUGCUACAUGGGCUGGCACCACACUGGGGCUGGGUCAAGGCUGGAGCAGCUCCUACACCACAGCAGGCACCACAUGGAGCACCGACAGCUCCCCCAGGACCAGCAGCUGGUUGGUUCUUAGGAACCUUACUCCACAGAUUGAUGGCUCGACCCUGCGGACACUGUGCAUGCAGCAUGGCCCUCUUAUCACAUUCCACCUCAACCUGACACAAGGCAACGCUGUUGUGCGUUACAACUCCAAGGAUGAAGCUGCCAAAGCUCAGAAGUCUCUUCACAUGUGUGUGCUUGGUAAUACCACCAUCUUGGCAGAGUUUGCUGGAGAGGAAGAAGUGAACCGAUUCUUUGCACAGAGCCAGUCACUUGGUGGAACGACCAGCUGGCAAGCCACUCCUGGCACUAAUCAAACACGGAUGGGCGGGACUGGCUCAGGAGUCACUCAUCCCAUUGGUCACUCUCCGCACUGGAAUAACAACAGUGGAGGCACAGGGAGUGGAGGUGCUCUGGGCACAGGAGGAGCUAAAACAGGAGAGCUGCUCUGGGGAGGUGUACAGCAGUAUUCCAGCCUGUGGGGUCCUCCUAGCGGAGAGGAGGCUCGUGUGAUGGGGAGCCCCACCCCAAUCAAUACACUGCUUCCUGGAGACCUGCUUAGUGGGGAAUCUAUGUAGCCCUCACAAGAAAACAUGAGUUUGCAAAUCAGUGUGGAGAUAAUCAGUGUGAUAUACGGUUACAGAGGGGCAAGGAGAGGGAUCACUGCUGCUCACUGUCCUCUGCUUUUUACCCCCUGGUUUUAACAUCUCAAUUUACUUUUUUUUCUCAUUGAGAUAUUUUAUUCAGUGUUGAGGUUUUAUUUUUGGAGAUACAAAGAAAGUGAAUUUUGCAACGCAAUGUAAGAGAUGUGGAAACUUGCACCUCAGAGAUCCAUAUGAAGCAUCAUUCCCCUCAAUCAGAGCAGUUUGGACUCCACAUCUGUAUUUCUCAGCACUAAUAUUAGCCUUAACCUUUUCCUGCUCUGUUCUUGUUCACUCUGUACUUGGUGAAGAAACAUAUAGACUCGUGCACACCCUUAUUUCUGAGCCAGUGAAACCUGAGUGAGAGUCAAUGCUGCUGAAGACUACCCCAAAUAACCACAGCUCAAACUCCAUUACACAAUGCUCAAAGGGAAUGAUGCAACUUUGUUCGCUUUGUUCAAGCCAUUUAUUUUUUCUAGUGUGUUUUUCCAUUGCAAACAAAGCUAAGAAUAUUAUAUUAUUCACAUGUGUCUCAAUCUUACUUGGUGGCAUCAUUACAUAUCCAGAUGUGGAUAUGAUGGACAACAGAAUGAACCACUGCUAUUACAAGUGAACUGCAAAGACAAACACUUAAUGCACCUCAAUCCACUGCAGGACUCCUGCAGUUUGGUCUCAGUCUUUGACCCUCUCACUGAUGUUGUGGAUAACCUCAAGUCGGUGCGUAGUUCCUCACUCCACCAACAAAAACACCAUUUCAUGUGAUGUGCAAUAUAAGCCACAGACUUUACCGUCCAUGCAACCCAUCAUCACCUCUCAGAGAAGAGGAAUACUACAAGGAAUGAUUGAACUGCAAACUAUUUCUGCCCCCACCUUAAAACUGCCACUAACACCUUUCCUCUCCCCUUGUGUGUGAGGGGGCUUCAGCGAGGGGCUGGUCUUAAAACAUAUUCUGCCUAAAACACAAAGGUAACUCAAAGCACUUGUUGGACCAGCCCCCUCUGCAGCCAUGUAUGCCAGUGACUAGUUCGGGGGAGAAGAUUGGGCGUGUGUGUACAUGUGUGUGCGUGUGGGAAAAUGGCAUCAAACCAAAUUAACCUGGAAGACCAGAAUACCUUUUUUUCCUUUUAUCCAAAUUUUCAUCAAUAGCUAUUUGUAAACAAAGAUACUGGUUUGUGAAUAUGUGGUCAAUCAUAGCACUUAGCAAGAGCAUCACUGCUAAUACACCUUCAAUGCCAACAUGUUGAAGAAAGGAGAAGUGUCCGUGGCAACAAAAAAGCAAUUUACAGUGGCUUCUAUACUUUUUUACUCAACUUGGAUGUAAGGAUUUUUUAUCCUUCAUCUCACAUGUCUGUGAGAACCUGAAGGAUGCUUAACAUGGUAGCAAAGUGAAGGGAAAUGCAAAGAAUGAACUGACUCAUCUGAUGAGGAGUGCCAUGCUCUUUGUCAAGUAAAUAUCACUGUUACAUCACAUUCUCUCGAAUCAAAUCUCUAGCCUUGGUGUCUGGAAACGUUCCACUUAAUCCUGCAGGGGGGCUUACUUUCUUGUCCUUUUUGAUUUCUCUCUGUGAAGAGGCCCUGCCAACUUGUGGUAUAUCAUGGUCACUGAGUGCCUGUCUGCUGCAGAGUGCACUGCUCCGCUGCGGCCCUCAUUCUUCUCCCUGCAGGCCCCUGUCAGACUGGCUUCUCCCCAUCUUCCCCUGGACCUCCAGGCCAAGAGCAGCUCACUACUACUACUGCGCCACCCUCCUCUUCCAUUCUCUCUCACUUCUGCAUUGAUCACUUUAGCCUGAUGCUGAGGCACUUGAUGUGUUGUACUUAUUUCAUUUGUCUGUGUACAUUUUUUGUUGUAAAGUUGGCUGAUGCAGUUGCAUUAGUCUGAUGGUAUAGUUUUAAAGUUAAAUGCUGUUUCAGUUUGAUUUCCCAGGCCCCCCGUCUGCUUUGUCAGCAGAACCAGUGUGUGGUUUAGAGGUACAGCUUCUGGUCAGCCCAUACAGACACUGAUGAUAUCAAUAGAAACAGGCUUUUGGUUCUUAAGCGUUGUGCCAUGCAGGACAAGGUCUCCACUCCACAGAGUGAGUGCACCUUCUUUAUAGUGGAUGGGGCACAGCCACAGUGGUGCUUUAUGUUUUAACUCUGGGAGUGCUUAGUUUCAACCACCUCGAUUGAGAGCAGCCUUCCAGAUCUAUGCAAAAUCAAGGAGGGAUUCAAUCACAGCCAUUCAAAUUUCACAGCCAUGCUCCACAUCUGCCAAUGUCCACUUCUUUAACCUUUACUACCAGGCAGCUUCCCUUAGGCCUCCGAAUCAAAUGUGGGGGACACGGCUACUAAACACUAAUGACCUGCUGGGGGCGUUGUUGGUUGGCAAACAGUCACUUUUGAGGUCUUGUGCCAACUGGCUUUUCCUCUCUGUACUUCCACCGGGCAGUAUCCUAGUGAAGAAUUAAGUGUGUUUUUGUCUGCGGGGUAUGCACAAAGCUCUGGCAGAAACGCGCAAGGAGAAGAGACAGGACAAGCCUAUGGUGCUGGUUUCUCACUGUCAGGGGAUUGACACUUUAGUGGACAUAAACGCUGCAGAAGUUGGGGCCAGCUGGUCCCUGUAUGUGUCUGUGCACUGUUUAUUGAUCACAUCGGGUACAUCUUUCUAAAAACCAAAAACAUUAUCUUUUUUCAUCAUCAAAGUUUUUUGCAAAAACUGAAAAAAUGUUGUUUCCGCUGUGCCCUCCAAAGCUAAGGUGUUUCCCUGUGAGCUCUCCCCCGUUGGAGGGAAUGUUGUAAUCAGGGUGUAUGGGCCUACAAUAUGAAGGUCAUCACAUAAUCAUUUCAAAACAGCUGGCUUUGGGGUCAGACCUAAGCUGUCAGCAGAAACAAGAACACAUUAAGUUUGGUACCAAGUCUUAAAGUUUGGGGCCUGUCCCUCUUCCAGAGUCGCGCCAGACUCGACUAAACAAUCACUAUUGCCUGUUGUGUGUGUCUAUUCAUGAAAUCUGCAUUUACUCCACACUGGACUUGAAUUAAGAAACUGAGUGUAAAGUGACUUUGGACUUGAGUGUUGAAAAUUAAAUGUUAUUUCAUUAGUCUCUUGGUUUCAAAAAGCAUCUAGAAGUUAAGUGCUAGAUGCGUAUCAAUCACUGAUCAGACAAGGGUCGGGCCAGAAUGAUUUUAAUUUGCAAAUUUCAAAAGGCCUAGGCUGAAUAUGCACAUAUAAGCUCAUGCACAGUACACCACCAUAGUACACUGUGUAUGGCUCUGUUUCCACUUAGUCAAUGCCCGCUCCCUGACAUUAUAAUCCCUACAAAGUUCAUAUCAACAUAUCAGAGUAAUACAAAAUAAUGAACGAAAUACUUGAAUCAAAAGAAGCGCCAAUAAUGUAAUGUGAACACUUUUUGUAGUCGUUUUUUGUCUCAUUCAUAAACUUAAGAGAUUUUUAAUAGUAUCAGAGUGAAUCCAAUUUGAAAUGCGAGUGUUACAGAAAACAAAGAGUCGAUUUUUCAUCUUGAGUGUUUGCACAAGACUGCGUGUACUGUAUGUCGUAUGAAUGUCUGUGUGUGGGUAACUGCGGUGGGACCUCCGCAAUGUGUUUAGUUUAAUACAGUAUACUUUUGUUUAUUUGUUUUACUUAUUGCUUGUCAAAUGUAUAUUCUGAUGUUAAUUGUUACUAGCCUCUAGCGUUGCACUGAGUGUCAGCCUUGCCCGAUUCAGCUAAAUGAACAACAUGAUACAAGUACUAUGGGGAGGUCAGGACAGUUCAUGUGUAAAAGUUUACUCAAGGACUAAAAUAAGUGUGUUUUACAAAUGUUACAUUUAUCUACCUUAGUGGCUUUCAUUGUGGAAUAAUCCAAGAAAGUGUGGAUCAUAUUUGAGUAUUGCACCAUUUUCAGACUAAAAACAAAACAAACAAAAAAAUCAAAUACUAUGUAAAAAUGCAGCAAAAAAAGUGUUUUGCAGACCAGUGGCCAUAGUAAGGAUAGAAGGACUUCAUCUCUCCCAAAUCUUAGCAGUGGAGAGUGAAGGUGGACAGGAGACUGAGCCUGGGCUGUGAUGGCUCUUUCAUAGGUGCCUACCUUUUUGGUUGUUAGCUUUUGUUCUGUCACUUUUGUUCAACUGACUCAUGUUCUUUGUUUUCCUGAAAGGCCACUGACGGUUUACGUAAAUAUAUUUUUCCAGAGAUGAAACACAAAACAAAGUCUAACAAUGGGAUUGUAAAAAGGACAAAUGCUUCCAUUUAAAAGUGCAACAACUUCACAAAAUGAAGAUGGUUGUUUUUUCAAGCUCUGGGAUUGAACAGUGUGUUCUGUUACAACUUUGUUCUGUGUUAAUGUUAAUUUCUAAAGCCUGUAUGUUUUAUGUUUAUUAUAUAUUUUCCAUUAUAUAUGAAAACUGAAAAAAAUAUAUAUUGCUCACUACCUUGCACACACAAAAAGUGGAUCUUGUCUCAGGAAGGCCAGGGUUCCAGAGUAUCAACUCCACGCCAUUUUAAUGUACAUUUUUUAUGAUUAGUUUAAAAAGGUGAUUUUAAAUUUAAGCACUGAAAGUUAUGGAUUUCCGAAGAAAAGCAAACUUUUUGUUUCUAAAUCCGUAGCAGUUACGUAAUAACCAAAUACUGGACUCUGAUAAAAUGUGCUUUAUAUAUAAAUCUAUAUAUAAAAAUUGCUUUAGGUUAAAAAGUUAAUAAUUUUGAUUGUGAGAAAAAGACAUGAGUAACAUGCAAAAUGCUGUUUGAAUCUUUUUUGUGUGUUUUCCUGAGGUCCCGUCCUGACUGAAUCAGGAAUAUUGUGCAUUACUCUUUCCUCUUUCUCUCCCACAGCGUGUAUUAUGAAAACAACUUAAGAAUGAAAACAGACUUUUUGUGGAACAUUGUUCGCACUGAGCUGGUUGUAAAGGAUCAUGAAACUAUGCACAAGUGUAGGGGACAGGUCAGGGGAACUCUUAUCUGGGCUACGUUCAGGUGGUCCACUAUUGCAGGGGUGAGGGUUUUUUUUAAUGAGAGGGUGAGGGUUGGAGGGAUCUCUGCCUCCUGGCCCCUCCUCCUCUGAUCCAGAUUGACCUAGCUCUACAUCACCAUGCUGUGUAUUCCUAAAACCAAUGAGCAUCUCACUCUAGCACUGUGGGAUUCUAGCCUGUCGCCCUCAAGGGUAAUUUUCUCAGUUGUUUAUGUGGGGAUAUUAGAGGGUGGGCUAUAUGGGACUAGGGCUGCUUUUUGCCUUUUUGUUUUUGAAAUAAUAAGUAAAAUGUCUGUACUGAGAUUUAAUGAAAAGUCAGUGGCUUGUAAUGUUUUAUUUUUCUCUGUAUAUCUUUCUCCUCAUAGAAUGUGAUUGUUACGACAUGCACCGAAACAAAUGUUUUCAUCAACUAUGGAGCUUCUUUCAAAUAUUAAUAAAAUAGCAUUUUUCUUGGCUGUUA